GGUGGGUGGCUGAGCUUUUGUCUUUAUUCGUUUCACAAUAAAAGCAGCCUCCCAACAACCACUUGGCCUCUAUUUUCUUCAUCAGACUUCCACCUCACUGCCUCCUUAUCUGAAUUAGUCAACAUUCACUGUUAUACACAAUCUCCAUCUCCGUUCCUUUCAUUUUUGUUCACUGAAUUUCAAUUUUUGGCUUCUUCAUUUCUCUCUUCUGCUUCCUUCUCAUAAUUUUACCAUGUUUGCCAUUGGAGAGGCUGCUCUGUCUGCGUUUUUCGAGCUGUUGGGGGGCAAGUUGCUCGACUCUGCGCUCAACAUUGUUGCUGAUCAUAAGCAACUCCACCCGCAGCUCAAGCAGUGGCAGUCCAUAUUGCCCGAUAUCCAAGCAGUGUUGGGCGAUGCAGAGGAGAAGCAGAUCAAGAACGACGGGGUGAAGAAAUGGUUGGAGGAUCUCCAGACAUCUUGGAUGAGUUCGCUUAUGAAGAGUUACGUCUCAAGCUCAAGAAAUCGCAAGCUCAAGCCAGCACUAGCAAGGUACGGAAACUCAUUCCUACCUGCUUUACUGGUACUAGUUUGACUCCCACUUCUUUCCUGUUUAAGAAUUCCAUGAUUCCCAAGGUCAAAGAGAUCACUGAUAGACUGAAUAGUUUGACAACUCGAAGAAGUAGUUUGGGGUUGAGUGAGAUCUUGUCUCAAGCUCCAACCUCCAAGGGAAAGCAACCCAGGCUGCAACCAACUUCCGUACUGGAUGGAGUUGUGGAGUAUGUUGGUAGACACAAGGAGAAGACAGAAAUGAUUGAGUUGCUCAAAGGUGAUAACUUCAGAGGAGUUUCAGUCCUUUCCAUCGUUGGCAUGGGAGGGAUGGGUAAAACAACUCUUGCUCAGCUUGUUUACAAUGAUGCCACCAUCAACAAGUCUUUUGACCACAAGGCCUGGGUAUGCGUUUCUGAUAAUUUUGAUGCAGUUAAUAUAACUAGGACAAUUUUAAAAUCCAUCGAUCCUGACUCUGGUGAUGAGAAUGACUUGAAUUUACUUCAAGUUAAGUUGAAGGAGAAGUUGUCUGGGAAAAGAUUCUUGCUUGUUUUAGAUGACAUAUGGAACGAGAAUUACGAUGAUUGGACCAUCUUACGGUCUCCGUUUGGAGCAAGGACCAAAAUCAUUGUAACCACUCGUCUUCAAAUUGUUUCAUCUAUUGUGGAUUCACUCAAAGUUUUUCAUUUGGAUAAACUAUCGGAUGAUGAUUGUUUAUCCGUAUUUACACAACAUGCAUUAAAAGCAAGAAAUUUCGGUGGACAUCUCCCAUUUAAAGAAAUUGGGGAGAAAAUUGUUAGAAGGUGCAAUGGCUUACCUUUGGCCGCAAAAGCCAUUGGAAGCUUGCUACGCACAGUUAAGUAUCAUCAAGAAUGGGAAAGAAUAUAUGAGAGUGAGAUAUGGAACUUACCAGAAGAGCAGUGUGGCAUAAUUCCAGCUUUGCGAUUAAGCUACCAUCAUCUUCCGUCAUACUUGAAACGAUAUCGCUCCAUACUUCCUAAAGAUUAUGAAUUUGAGGAAGGGGAAAUAAUCUUGUUAUGGAAAGCAGAAGGUCUCCUACAACAAAAAGUUAUACCUCAAAUUAAAGAUCUUGGAAAUCAAUAUUUUCAAGAUUUAGUGUCGAAGUCAUUUUUUCAGAUAUCCAGUAAAGCUCACAGCUCUUCCAGAAAAAGAUAUGCUUCUCUCGCUAGAGUGGCUAUAUAUUUCCAACUGCCCGUUGCUAGAAGAAGGGUGCAGUAGGGGUAAAGGACGAGAGUGGUCCAAGAUUGCCUACAUACCUUUUGUUCAAAUUGAGGCGGAUCUUGACAAAAGGAUUGGAGUGAAAAAAGCUUCAACAGUGAUGUUAUCAAAUGUUUAUGAUAUGGAGUGACAAAAGCUUCAACAGCCUUCGUUUUUCUUAAUGCUCUUAGUGAUCUUCUAAUGCUUCCAAAUGGCAUGCUAAUGGACCAUUCAAUGUUAUUUCGUUGUCAUUCUCGUCUUCUAUAUUCUCUUUUUGUCUGAAUGUCUUGUCAUUUUGUGCUUCUAGAUAUAUCUUCUUAUUUUUCAAUUCCCAAAAAACAUCUCCAAUCACUAUCAAAUCUGAAAUUGCAUUUUUUUU